AUGUCCGACGAGGGCGGCAAGAAACUGUCCGUACUCGAGUCGCAGGGGUAUAUUGUGGCACAGAACCUUGGUCACGGCUCUUACGCCACGGUCAAGGCGGCACAUUCGAACAAACACAAGACCCAUGUCGCUAUCAAAAUCAUCUCAAAAAAGAAAGCUCCGCAAGAUUUCCUUGACAAGUUCCUGCCCCGGGAACUAGAGAUCGUGAAGACCAUGAAGCACCCGAGCUUGAUAUGUUUCCUCCAGUCAAUAGAGACCACAAAUCGUGUUUAUCUCGUGAUGGAGCUGGCGUCUGGCGGCGACCUUCUAGAGGUCAUCAGGAAGAACGGUCAUGUGAAGGAGCCGCAGGCGGGAGUCUGGUUCAACCAGCUCACCGAGGGGAUCUCGUACUGCCACAAGAAAGGCGUGGUCCACCGAGACCUCAAGUGCGAGAACGUCCUCCUGGACAAGAAGAACAACCUCAAGAUCACUGACUUUGGUUUUGCGCGGAAUGUCGAGACUACGUCUAAGGCAAAGGAUCGCACCAUGAGCGAGACGUAUUGCGGGAGCUACGCGUAUGCGCCGCCGGAGAUCUUGAAGGGCAUCCCUUAUGAGCCCCAUCUGGCUGACAUCUGGAGUAUGGGAGUGAUUCUGUACACAUUGGUAUUCGGUCGCCUCCCUUUCGAUGACUCGAAUCACCGCAUCCUCUUGAAGCAGGUGCAAAGCGCGGUCGAGUACCCGCAUUCAUCUGACGUCUCACCCGAGUGCAGGACCCUGAUCAGCAAGCUGCUCACCCACCGGUCCAAGAGACUCACCCUCGAACAGAUCAUGAAUGAGACCUGGUAUAAGAAGUACCCGCCGGGGAGGGAGGAGCCACCGGCUGCCACCACGAAAUAG